UACUGCCCAUUGUGUGCUUGUUAGACCACAUGGGUACAGGAAGAUCAUGUGUCAGUGAGAUCACACACACACUCACACACACACACACACACACACACACAUACCACUGAAAGACCUAGGAGAGUGACUCAGCUGUGCAGCUCUUCUCUCUGUGAAGGUGACUGUUCAUAAAAGAUAAAAUGGCAAUGAGGAAUCUUCUGAAAAAUCCAAAUGGAGACGAGGACAUGGAAUUCUGGGAGUUGACGGAGAACGGAGGCAGCCAGUGGCGGGUGGAGGACAUGCCUGGAGAUUGUGGACAUAACUUCAGUGAUGGGGCCGCAAGCAAAUACUUCGCCACCUCUUUUGAGCUGUGUCUUAAAAGACAGGUGGUUGACCUGCUGGCAGAAGGCUACACCCCUGAGGACCUGGACACUCAGCCACCUGUCACUGUGGAGGACUGGUACUGUAGUCGUACAGACUGCGGGUGUAUUUACCAGCUGAGAGUGUGUCUGCUUGAUGAGAAUCAGGAGGUGAUGCAGGACUUUGUGCAGGACGGUGUGAGUCUCGACCCUGACACUGAUGACUGCUCAUGGAGACAGAUCUCCCACACGUUUUCUGAAUAUGGCCCAGGCCUGCGCUUCAUCACAUUUGAGCACGGCGGUCAGGACACCAAAUUCUGGGACGGCUGGUAUGGAGUGAGAGUUACUGGCAGCUCCAUCACUAUAGAGCUCUAAAAGUCUCCUGCAAAAGAGUCGAGAAAGACAGGGCGUCAAACCUUCUGAACGCUAGUCUUGAGUAGAUGCUAGACAAUUUACGGCCAAUGCUUUCUGUUCUGGGACCAACUUGAGCUUAGAUUUGUGCACUUAGGAAUCUGAUGCGGAGAGUGAAUAUGCAAUCAAACUUCUUAUAGUGGGUAUGGGAUGGGUGGAUCUUUCGCUGAUGCUUUAAUGGAAAAUUCAGUAGAGAAUGUUUAUAAACCAGAACAAACUCCUGAAAAGUGAAAUGCAAGCUUCAAAUUCCUAACUUGAUGGAAUCAUAUGCCCUAACAUUGUGUGCAUGAUUUUCUGAUAUCUACCUCUGCUGAUGUAGAUACCCCUGCUUUUACCUUUACUAAUGCACUUUCUGCAACCGGACACUAUUCAGUUCUAAACCCGCGAGUCAAAAAAGGGCAAGAGAAUAUAUAAACACUGUGUCAACACUGUGUCUGUUCUUGGCUGUGAAUCGAAAGGAAAGAUUGCUAAUUAAAAUCUAAACUAAUGAAA